UUUCAGCGACAAAGGAGAAGGAGAAGAGGAGUGACGGCGGACCAGCGGACAGCGCCAGCAAAAACAGAACCCACAGACAAGUCAACCAAUCCCCACACUCAAUUCAGAAAAAGAGACCAAGAUGAAGACGAUGAAGAUGGUAAAAGUGAAAGUGAUGAUGAUUAAGACGAUGAGAGAACCCAAUAUAAGGGUAUGGCCGUAUCAGCGUAUCCAUGUCGCGUUGUCGUCGUCGUUGUUCGGCUGUCGAUCGUGUAGUAGGUACAAAUACAGAAAGAAAACGAAGCCAAACAAGAAAAACAAGCAGGCAGAGCAGAAAAUAGAAAAACAGAAAAGACGAACAAAAAAAGAGCAAACGAGUCAAAAUCAAGGGCAGCCAGCCAAGCCAGCCGAGGACGCCCGUCCCCCACUCCAGUCAGCCAGUGUCAGCCAGAAACCAGAGCUUGACCUGGCACCUGGCCUGACUUUGACAAGGCCGAGCCGCCCGAUUCCACCCGUUCACCCCAACCAGCACCGACCGACCCCCAACCCCAAUAGACCCCACCCGCCAAACAUACCGCCAUUUUCGCCCGGACAAAAGGAGUACCGCGCCAGCUUCCGCCGCGCGCACGCGCAGAAGGCACAGCAGCAGCAGCAGCAGCAGACACGCGUCGUCUCGACGACAACGGUAUGUGUGCGCGCGGGGCUUGCGGGCAAGCUAUGGUGCUAGAAACAGAAACAAUAAUGGAAACAAAAGCACUUUCUAUAGAAAAACUCCGUUGCUUGCCGUGGCGUGAAGAGGAAGAAGAAAACCCAAUCGCCGUUCCCCCGACCCCGGCCCUGGCCCUUUAUAUGCGCCGCCCCUCGGGUAUAGAAGAAGAGGGAUGCGGCAAGGAAAAUAGCCAGGGCG